AGUAUUCGACGAUGACUCUGGCACCAACGUCCAGCGAGUUGUCGAGCCUUCCAGACGUUCUCUCUGGCUCGCUUCUCGCGUCAAGCCCGUCUAAUCUUGAUUUUCUCGCCGAAUUACCCACCAAUGCGCUCUCAGACCUACUCUCAACGCCGACCGCGUUCACAACGCAAUCGCAUACAUUGACUUCCUCACUAACUGCUUUGACCCACACAUCCUACCCAACCUUUCUCUCCCUUCAUCACACGUCAACAGCGCUGCUGACAUCGCUCUCUUCGUUUGACACGUCUCUCAAUUCUCUCAUCAACACUGCUUUACCAGCUCUCGAUGAUGCCGCACGUAUUUUUCGCGAGAAGACUGGUCCAGAGGUCAUCGAAGGAAGGCAGAAGGCGCGCCUUGUACUGGAGCAGCACGACAAAUUGCGUGACUUGCUUGAUGUUCCAGUUCUCAUCGACACAUGCGUCCGCAACGGGCUCUAUGCAGAAGCUCUUUCACUAGCUGCCCACGCGUCCUCCGCAUUGUCCUCUCUAGUCGGGCAAACUAGGAAGAAUCGUAGUAAUGACGAGGAAGCUGCGCAGGGGUUGCCGCUUCAGCUUGCGGAUUCCUUGCAAGCUGAGAUAGCUUCUUCGUUGCAUUCCAUGCAGCUCAUCCUCCUGAACACGUUAUAUGAGCCUGCUCGCAAGCUACCGGCGUUCUGGAAGGCAGUGCAGUUUCUUCGCCGAAUGAAGGCGAUGCAUGAGGAUGAACUAGCGCUCGUGUUCAUCAGCGCUCGAAUCGAAUGCCUUCGCGAUGCCUUGGAUGGCAUUGAAAGGGAUGCUGGCAUACCUUCGGACGCUGGAAGUAUGGAGUUCAAGUUUCCAGCUGGGAGCACUGUAGAGGAAAGAGAGCGGGAGAUUGAUAGGGAGGCUGAUGACAUCGCCCGGUUCUUAAAGAAGUACAUCGAUGUUUGGAGGGAAGGCGCGUACGAUCUUGUCACGCAAUAUGCGACAAUAUUCCUCGACCGUUCACAUGCUGGAACCCGGAUAGCACCACCCGUUGAUCAGGAUGCGUCGGCAUCCUCAUAUACUAUUCGACAAACGCUGCCUUCGACACUUCUGGAGCUGCUUCUCCCAACUCUCCGAUUGUACCUCAGGCGUGCUUAUCCCCACCUUGCACCCCUUGCGACACAACUUGCCUACUGUAGUUCUGCUUUAGCGCGCGUAGGGAUGGUGAGUGUCAUACAUUUGUUUAAAUCCAACUCGUCUUAAAUUGGUGUGCAUACAGGAUUUUCGUGCCCUACUAUCAC